ACAGCCCUUGAACUACUGGGUUAGGGGUAAAAACCGCAUACUUGGCAUGUUCAGUAUUAUACGCCGAGACGGUGCACAGUCCAUACGGGCCACUGAGCACUGGCAUCUCCUAACUCCUUUCCAGUGCGACAAACCUCACCUCUUCCUCGAACGUACCGCUACUCACACAGACAAUCCUUCACCAUGCGAUUGCCCACAAUACUCGUGGCCACUGUUUUGGCAUCCCUCUCCUUAUUUACCUCGCCUGUUGCUGCCACAGCCCUUACGUACAAGCUCGCUCCUAACGAAAGACAAUGCUUCUAUUCAACCGCUGACAAGAAGGGGUCUAAGGUGGCCUUUUACUUUGCUGUAAGUUUUUCUCUCCCCCGACUCUCCAGCGUCUUUACUCGGUCUCAACCAUUCCGAAUAGGUUCAAUCAGGUGGUUCCUUCGAUGUCGAUUAUAAAGUGGCUGGUCCGAACGAUAAGAUUAUUCUCGAUGGAUCUAAGGAGAGGCAAGGUGAUUUUGUCUUUACUGCGAACGACCCUGGGGAAUACAGCUUCUGCUUUUCCAACGAUAUGUCUACGUUUGCCGAGAAGAUGGUAGAUUUCGAGAUUGCUGUAUGAGCACUGUUCCCCAAUUUGCCGGAGCUCUACUCAGCAGGUAAUACAGGUUGAGAACGAAGCUCGGGCCGAACUCCCCUCUAAGCAAGGUACCUCCCCCGAGCAUCUCUCAUCCCUCGAGGAGUCGCUUUUCAAGCUCUCCGGUCAACUCUCUACCAUUUCCCGUAACCAAAAGUACUUCCGCACCCGGGAGAACCGCAAUUUCAGCACUGUCCGCUCAACCGAAUCCCGAAUCUUCAACUUCUCAGUCAUCGAGUCCCUUAUGAUGGUUACGAUGUCAUGUCUCCAAGUCUUCAUUGUUAGAUUCUUUUUCCAAGGCGCGCGCAAAGGUGAGAUAACCCCCCCUCCUCCUCCUCCUCUCCCUUCCCCUACAAACCCUAAUCAACCCAAGAAUCCUCGUGUUCGGUUCUGCAUGCCCCUUUCGCCACUCUCAUUCCGCUAAAGCAUAUAGCAGGUUAUGUGUGAACGGGACGUGCAUAUUUUUCUUUUUUCUGUGGAUGAUAUUAUUUGUAUUGCAACAGAUAUUUUUUCAGUCAAUGGAGUUGUGAUAUCAAAAGAUUGCACGAGCCCAUUCCAUUAUGAAGAUAUAUACCCUGGUGGGUUGUGAAGUGUGCAAACGGCGGGGUUGCAUCUUUUUUUUCCUUUAUCCAAUACGGUCACAACACUGGGUAGUAUUCGGUUCAACAGGGAUUUCAAGAGUAAUUGACAUUGGAGAGAACAUAUCGGACAUCCGCCAUCUAAGAGGGGAGAGAAACGAUGGUGAGGAUGGAGGAAAGAGGGGUGGCGGGCAUCAUUAGUGGAUAUCUUUACAAGGGAUCAUCUAUGCAUGCAGAAAGAAAUGCUUCUAUAACGAAAAACAGGACCAUCUCAGAGAUGCCGAACAACAAAG